GUAGCGUGUGAGGUAUAUUAAAAUACAUAUCACCCCCUUCCCUUCCACAACUCCAACUAUUUCCCUUUGAAUAUAAUACAUAUAUAUAAUACAUAUAUAUAUCCUACCUCGACUUUCUUUUGCUGCUGUGUGACAUUAAAAAUCCAAACCCGCCUUAUCCGAACAUAUCAACUCCUUUGCCGCAAAAAUGGUGCACUUGGCCCAAAUCCCCAACGAUGCAGAAAUCGGACAGGGACAUCUGCCCGAAGCUGUCCGAAAGAUCAGCCUGCAUCUGAGCAACGACGAGGACAGCUUCACGACCAGCGUCUAUGGCUCCAAGUUCGCUGCCGAAGAUCUCCCCAAGCACGAGAUGCCCGAGGGGGAGAUGCCCAAGGAGAUCGCCUACCGCAUGAUCAAGGACGAGCUGAGCCUGGAUGGCAACCCGAUGCUGAACUUGGCCUCGUUCGUUACCACUUACAUGGAAGAAGAGGCCGAGAAGCUGAUGGCCGAGAGCUUCUCCAAGAACUUCAUCGACUACGAAGAGUACCCCCAGUCGGCCGACAUCCAGAACCGAUGCGUGUCCAUGAUCGGACGUCUGUUCCACGCGCCGACAGCGGAGCACGAGGCGGAAGGUGGUGACGACGCGGCCGCUGUGGGGACAUCUUGCGUGGGCAGCUCGGAGGCGAUCAUGCUGGCGGUGCUAGCGAUGAAGAAGCGGUGGAAGAACGCACGCGUAGCGGCGGGCAAGAGCACCGACCGCCCCAACAUCAUCAUGUCGUCCGCUGUCCAGGUGUGCUGGGAAAAGGCGACGCGCUACUUCGAGGUCGAGGAGAAGCUUGUCUACUGCACCCCCGACCGCUUCGUCAUCGACCCCAAGGAGACGGUCGAUCUCGUCGACGAGAACACGAUCGGUAUUUGCGUCAUUCUCGGCACGACGUACACCGGCGAGUACGAGGACGUGAAGAGCGUCAAUGACUUAUUGAUCGAGAGGGGCCUCGAUAUCCCGAUCCAUGUCGAUGCCGCUUCCGGUGGGUUUGUGGCCCCCUUUGUGGUUCCGGACUUGGAGUGGGAUUUUAGGUGUGAGAAGGUCGUGUCGAUCAAUGUCUCGGGGCACAAGUACGGUCUAGUAUACCCCGGAGUCGGCUGGGUCGUCUGGCGGGACGCCAAGUUCCUGCCCAAGGAGCUCGUCUUCAACAUCAACUACCUGGGCGCCGACCAGUCCUCCUUCACGCUAAACUUCUCCAAGGGCGCUAGUCAGGUCAUCGGGCAGUACUACCAGCUCAUCCGGCUCGGUAAAAAGGGGUACCGGUCCAUCAUGUCGAACCUGACGCGGACGGCGGACUACCUCGCCAACUCGCUCGAAGCUUUAGGUUUUGUCAUCAUGAGCAAGAAGUCCGGCGAGGGGUUACCGCUGGUCGCCUUCCGGCUGAAGGAGCUAGAAACCACGAAUGAGGAGGGCGAGAAACUGGAGCGCAACUACGACGAGUUUGCUCUGGCGCAUAAGCUGCGCGCGCGCGGGUGGGUGGUACCCGCCUACACGAUGGCGCCGCACACAAACGACCUGAAGAUGCUACGCGUCGUUGUGCGCGAGGACUUCACCAAGAACCGUUGCGAUGCCUUGAUUUCGGAUAUUCGGCUGUGCCAGCAGCUGCUCGACCAGCUCGAUACCGAGUCCGUCCGUAAGCAGGAGGAGUUCAUCCGCAAGCACACGAUGAAUAGCGGGCAGGCGAAGCAUAAUCACCCGAGGUUCCGCAAAGAGAAACAUUCCAUCCAGGGGAAACACGGCAAGACGCAUUCUAUAUGCUAGAACAAAAUAAAAGGAAAAGAAAAGAAAAAAGCUUGGGUGGGAGAUUAGGCAUUACCUAUAUCGUGCUUUCCUUACUACUUACUCUAGGUAUUUAGUAUAGGUAUCAAAAAAAAAAAACGAAAGAAAAGAAGCAAAAUGGAUAUGGUGGUGAAACAUUGUUUGGGUAAGGGUAAGGACUAGAUAGGCGUCUUGAGAUAGAGAUUUAUAGAUCUGCUUUACCUCCUAUACCUCCUAUGCCUGCCUAGGAACUAUACUAGUAGUCUGCGUAGGCAAUAUCUUAUACUUGUUUGUUAC